UGUUUGCCAGAAAUCAUGGUGAUGGUUGGAUAUAGCUUAGGGGUUAGGACAAUAACACCCCAUGCUGGCAGUGAAGUUCUGACUAAAGCUCUGAUUAUAUUGGGAUCAUCCUCAGUAGCACGGCGCAAGAUACUAUCUGAAAUGGGGUACGAAUUCACAAAAAUGACUGCUGAUAUUGAUGAGAAGAGCAUCCGAAAGGAAACUCCCGAAGAGCUGGUUAUGGCUCUAGCUGAAGCCAAGGCCAAUGCCAUCAUAUCGAAACUUCAAACUACCAGUAACCAAGAGAGGGUUGAUGAACCAAUGAUUUUAAUUGCGGCAGACACAGUGGUGGUCUAUGACGGUGUGGUUAGGGAAAAACCAUCUAGCAAAGAAGAAGCUCAGCAAUUCUUGAAAGAUUAUUCUGGGGGGCAUGCAGCAACUGUGUCAUCCGUUCUAGUUACAAACCUCAAAACCGGAUUCAGAAAAGGAGAAUGGGAUCGUGUGGAUAUCUAUUUCAACGAAAUACCCGAUGAAAUAAUUGAGAAGCUGGUUGAUGAGGGUGUUACUCUCAACGUUGCUGGUGGGCUGCUAAUAGAGCAUCCUUCGAUAUUGCCAUUUGUCAGAGAAGUGGUAGGGACAACAGAUAGUGUGAUGGGACUUCCAAAAGCUGUGACUGAAAGACUCUUAAAGGAGGCUAUGUAGCCUGAGCUACUGACCCACUUUAUUGAAUUACUUGGUAGGGACAGAAGAUAAUGUGAUGGUAGCUUCCAAAACUAUGACCAAAAGAAAAUGAGCCCUUGUAGCGAACUAUUGUCCCACCUUGCAAGAUUAGUUGGUAAUAGCUUUGAUUACUGUCCUUAAUUCUCUAUAUUUAUCCAACCAAAUUCAUUGUUGUCUUAUAUGGUAGCAGUUAUCUUUUUGCUGGAAUGAGGUGUAUUCUUGUCAGUUAUGUUAACUUUUUAUUGGGUAUUAUGAUUAUUUUAUGCUCAUAUUUUACUAGAGACUUUAGGUUAUUU